CAGCCUCUUCCCUUAGCUAUCCUAUCUAUCUAUCUAUCUACAUGGUCCCUAGACUUUUACAUCUAUCUAUCUAUCUAGUUCAGCCUCUUCCUUAUCUAUCUAGUCGGUUAUCUAUCUAUCUAUCUAUCUAUCUAUCUAUCUAUUUCAGCCUCUUCCCUUGUUUUCCAAAUUCUCCCGCAAAUCUAUCUAUCUAUCUAUCUAUCUAUCUAUCUAUCUAUCUAUCUAGUUCAAUAAUAAGCCUCUUCCCUAUAUUCUAUCUAUCUAUCUAUCUGUCUAUCUAUCUAUCUAUCUAUCUAUCUAUCUACCCAUCUAUCUAUCUAUCUAUCUAUCUAUCUAUCCAUCUAGUUCAGCCUCUUCCAUAUCUAUCUAUCACGGAAUCUAUCUAUCUAUCUAUCUGGUUAGUCUAUCACCAUUCGAUAUCUAUCUAUCUAUCUGGUUAUGUAUCUAUCUAUCUAUCUAUCUAUCUCACUUAUCUAUCUAUCAAUCUUUUUCAUUCAUCCAAAUUCUUUUUGUUCUAUCUAUCUAUCUAUCUAUCUAUCUAUCUAUCUAUCUAUCUAUCUAUCUCAGCCUGGUCUUCACUUUGGUAUCUUAACCCUAUCUAUCUAUCUAUCUAUCUAUCUUCUAUCUGCUCUAUCUAUCUUCGUCCUUAUCUAUCUAUCCAUCUAUCCAUCUAUCCAUUUACCUAUCUAUUGGCAUCCUCCCCAAAACUCUUUCAUUUCUCAUAUUGGACAUCUAUUUCUCUUCCUUCUAGGAUUCAACAAGUUUCCUUCAUUCAUUCAUCCUCCGUUCAUCUAUCUACCAAUUUAGCCAUUGAUCUAUCUCAGCUUUUCUUCACAUCCAUGGCAUCAGUUUAUCAACUUCCAUUUUCAAAAAUCUAUUAUCUUCCAACUUUUCAUUCUUUCCAUUUCUAUCUAUUGAUCUAUCUAUCUAGCACAUUGUCAUCUAUCUAUCUAUCUAUUUGUCCUGCUCUCACCUCUAUCUAUCUAUCUAUCUUUCAUAACAGCCUCUUCACAUUCAUCAUUCAUUUUUUAUCUAUCUAUCUAUCUAUCUAUCUAAAUCCCUUUAUCUUUCUCAGCCUCUUCACAUCUAUCCCGUAUCUCUAUCUAUUUAUCAUUGAUCUAUCUAUCUCUCAGCCUCUUCACAUCUAUCUAUCUAUCUUUUUUCUAUUGCCUUGUCUGCUUUCGUUUUUCCAUCUGUAUUUGACAUUUCUUUUCUCUAUAUAUCUCAUCUAUCCAUUUAGUUCUUUGGGUUCUCCUCCUUCCCGCCAUUUGUUUCGCCCCGCACCCGGCUCUCGUCACUUGAUUUGGCAGUCUGUUUUCGCCUGUCACGUCUUUUCACAGAGAUUUGUUUUCCAAAACCCAUCCAUUACCAAACAUUUCGUCAUUAUCUGUCUUUCGACAACAACCCACAUCCAGACGGGUUUUACGAUUCGAUGA